AUGGAUAAAACCAAGUCCAAGUUGGCCGCUUUCUUUGAUAACGAUGAGGAAGAAUCCUCAUUCCCACAAAAGGCGGUCGACGACGCAAAGUUGACACAGUAUACUGCUGGGAAAGUGCGAAAAUCUAAGCGGGAGAAGGAACAAGAAGCUGCUGAGAUCAGGAAACGGGAGGAGGAAGCGGAUGCAGCUAAGGCUUACGCUGAAUUUCUAGACGCAUUUGAAGGCGAGGAGGGAAACAGGCGGAAGUCUGCUUCAACUUUUGUAAAAGCUGAUUCUAAGCUUGCUUACAUUCCCACCGCCGCCCAACGCUCUUCGGAACACCAGGCGCGUACUUCAGUGCCCACAAACAUGAUCAAUAGAUCCCCUUCACCUCCGACGUCUUCCAGACCGAAAGGGAAACGAGCAAUGGAUUCGUUUCUUGAAGAGAUAAAGAGAGAACAAGCAGAACGAGAGGCUAAAUAUUUACGACGCGGUCAUGGACAGGGGAGGUCUAUCACUGCAAUGGCGGCAUACGAUGGGCAGAGUGGAAGCAAGGACAGAGGAGAUCCUCAAACCUCCAACGUAUUUGUCGCGAACUUACCGCCUCACGUUACGGAGCAAGGCUUGGGCAAUUUCUUUGCCCGUGCGGGCCCCGUUGGUUCCGUGAAAAUUAUGUGGCCCCGCACAGACGGGACUGUUGGCCCAGGUGCUGACAUGACCACAACGCGCAGAACCAAAAAUGCUGGUCUCAGUGGAUUUGUUUCUUUCAUGAAAAGGAAGGACGCGGAAACCGCUCUUCGUGAAUUUGACGGUUUUGAUUGGGGUGGAUCGGUGCUUCGUGUUGGCUGGAGUAAAGCCGUUCCGAUAGCAGCAAAACCAUUAUACGGUAGGUUUACGAGAAAUGUCACGGUUUUCAACUUUAAACGCCCGACAGUAUCGAACACAAGCAAGCUGAGGGACAGCAGAAGCCCAAGUCGCAGCCGGAGUCGCUCGAGAGAGAGGCACCGUUCACCUUCACCGCGAGCCGACCGCCAUCAUACGUCUCGUCGUUCCAGGAGCCGAUCAUGGGGUCGACCACGCUCUCCGCAUCGACGGGGAUCAUCUAGUCGACAACUCCCUUAUAAUAAGUCUCGAAGCCGGUCUCCGCGACGGCGGUCUCGUAGUCCCCAAAGGCUUGAUGAGGACGAUGUGACGGAUACGUUCAUACGAGCCGUGGCUGCGGAAGUCAAAGGUCACGAUGCUAAAUACGAAGCAGCUUUACGGGAGCGGGAGAAGGAUAAUCCAAAAUAUCGGUUCCUUCUGCGUCGAGAUCACCGACGUCAUGCGUUCUACAGAGGUUUGGUCGAAUCCGAGAGGUUCGCUGAGCCUGAAUUUGACGAUGAGGGUUACAACUCCAUUUAUUCGAGUGAUUCUGCUGAGGAAUCGGAGCGUGAAAGGAGCCGGAAGAACGCCCUUGGCAAGCUUGCGCGGAAAAGAUUUGAAGCUAUGCUUCGGGCUUUGUCUGGAAAACGUGGCGAAAUGGCUCGGUGUAUGACGUUCAGUCUUGAACAUGCGGAGGCAGCUCAUGAGGUAGCAGAUAUCAUUGUCGCCUCACUUCUUGUUGAUGGGACGGCAGUCCCUCGCAAAGUCGCUCGCCUUCAUUUGAUUUGUGAUAUCCUUCACAAUUCUGCUGCGCCAGUGCCUAGUGCGUGGAAAUUCAGACAAGAAUUUCAAUCGCGUCUUGGCAUCGUAUUUGACCAUCUUGCGAAUAUCUACCACUCGUUCCCCGGCCGAAUUACUGCGGAUAUGUUCAAGAAACAAAUCACAACUGUUGUGGAUAUCUGGGAAGAUUGGAUAGUCUUCCCACCUGAUUUCACAUCAGAACUCAGACAACGGUUAGAAGGUGCUGUAAGCGCUGCCGAUAAAACGGAGCAAGCGGAAGCCGAACGGCUGCCCGCCAAGGAACUGAACCCCUCACGCUUCAAGACGAGCUCGUUCAAAAUGGCGACCGAAUCUGAAAACUUGGAGCCGUCGGUCCGCGGUACGGAAAGCGAUGGUGAACCGAUGGAUGUGAGUGGUGAUGAAGCUGAUCGUGGGGACGUUGAUGGGAAACCGGUGGAAGACAUUGAUGUUGACGGUAUGCCGGUAGAAGACAUUGAUGUCGACGGUGUGCCGGUGGAAGACGUUGAUGUCGACGGUGUGCCGGUGGAAGACGCUGAUGUUGACGGUGUGCCGGUGGAAGACGUUGACUUAGAUGGUCUGCCGGUGGAUGACGUUGACGGUGUACCGGUUGAUGAUGACGUUGAUGGGGCACUGGUUGUCGACGAUAAUACCAAUGUCGACGGAAUGCCGAUUGACGAUGUGGAUGGCGAACCCGCUUUGGAUUUUUGA